AGGGGCUGACCCCCCACAAUAUCUUACAAUUGAGGUCCUUUUCAGCAAUAAUUGGUGGAGGCGUGGGAGGAGCUGCUGCUGCUUAUUUUUUGCAAGAGCUCACAGGUGGCAAUGCUCUUAUUGACGUGUAUGAGAGCGGUUAUGUUGGUGGACGUCUGGCCACUACUGACCUUGGAGGCAGCUAUUAUGAGAUGGGUGGCAGCGUCAUCCACCCAUCCAAUGCCUACAUGGGAGAUUUCAUCAAAACUUUAGGGUUGGAAAAAAGGAUGGAGUGUCCCAGCCUUGCUGGCCUCUUUGAUGGAUCAUCAUUUGUGUUCCGUGACAGCUCCUGGCAAGUGGUGACGCUGGCUAAACUCUUCUGGCGUUAUGGCUGGAGUAUUUACACUCUCCGUGCUGCCAACCAGCAAAUGCUUGAUCAAUUCAACAGAAUCUACAAGCUUCAGAAGAAAGGACAAGCGUUUACUAAUGGUGAGCAGUUACUGGAAGCUAUGAGUCCCAGCUUCCCUGCCAUGCUGCACAUGAGCACCCGAGAACAUCUCCUUCAGUUAGGCAUCUCCCAGGCCAUCAUAGACGAGGUUGUCAUGGCUGUCACUCUUGCUAACUAUGGACAGACUCCAGAUGUGCAUGCAUUUGUGGGAGCAAUUUCAGUGGCAGCAGCCAGCCCUGACUUGUGGAGCGUAAAGGGCGGCAACAAGCAGGUACCGGAGCUGCUGCUGGGCAAAGCUCGAGCCAGCCUCUUGCGCCGCCAUGUUACUGACGUCACUGUCAUCAGCCGUUCUUUGCCUUUAUCACUUUUUCAGGUUGAUUCAGUGGAAGCCACAGAAGCAAGUGACAGCUUACAACGGGAGGGCCGCAACGAUAUUUACAGCUCUGCCCACGUGCAAGCAGACGUCCGAUCUCAGCCCUAUGACGCCGUCAUCGUAGCUGCUCCACUCACCCACGACAAAACUGACAUCAAGUUCCAUAACGUUACUCACAACUAUAACUUCCCAGGACGCUACGAGAGAAUUGUGGCUACGCUUGUACGAGGGAAGCUUCGCAAAGAAACUUUUGGACUCUCCAAAGACGAUUCUCUUGAUGAAAUAUUCCCAGUCAAUCCUGAUUUGUUCUAUAACGCGGUCGGCCUGCUAAAAGACGUGAACGUGGAGAAGUGCUCAGAUGCUCAUAUGCCUGAUGUUUUCAAAGUUUUCUCUCCGGCACAUGUCACAGAAGAGCAACUAAACUUGCUUUUUGAUGAAAUAUAUGAAUCUAAAGUCUUUGACUGGCGGGCGUUUCCUCACUACAACAUUUCUGAACCCCAUUUCACCGAGUUUGAACUUGAACCUGGCCUGUACUACCUCAAUGCUAUUGAGUGGCUCGGAAGUGCUAUGGAAAUGAGUGCAAUUGCAGCCAAGAACGUAGCUUUACUGGCAUUCAAGCACCUUACGCAUGACAGCAGUGCUGGUAGUCUUGUCGAAACAAAGGAUGAGUUGUAAACAAUAUUACUUCUGUUGAUCCUAGGACUUUUGAGGGCCUUGUAGCCAGAAUAUUUGAAGACAGCAGCCAAAUCCAUGGAUGUGUUGGCUCUGGGAUAAUGUGAUUAUUGAAUCGUUUAAUACGAUAUAGAAUAGCCUCUUUAUUAGCAGUCGAUUUUUGGAUAUUUGAUGUAGGUAGACGCUCGUGAUAUUUUGUUUUGGUGGUGUCACAAGAUUUCUGAGAAGUUGUGUGAGGGAGGAGUUGAAUGAUAUACUUGUCAUAUUAUAGUUAAAGUCGGUCGUUUGAUCGCCAUUAUUUAUUGAAUGCGUUAUUUGUAUGUGGUCUAAUGUUUGCUGUUUCGAGGUUGGAGAUGUGAUGAUACUUAUUGCCGUGCAUCGUUCCCGUCUCUACUUUGUCUCUCUACUCUGCCUCAUUUCACAUGACCGCCUCUGAACUUGUGAAUGCACUCACAGAACUAAAAUAGCCGGACGUGUUUAAUUUAUUGGAUAGGUGCAAUUCUGUAAACUUUUAACUCGUAUUUAAAGUUGUUAUUUGUGUUUGUUUCUGUGUGGGCGUGAUAAAAUAGUUCCUGUAUGAUUAUUUUCGAAGUCCUUGUUAGCUUGUG